AGAGAGGCGUGGUUGAUGACGCAUUGACAAAGAUCUCGGACAGAGGGAGCGGCCUGCAGGCUCCGUUUCUGCCCGUGUUUGUCUCUCUUCAGUCGGUCCUCGUCUCUCUGCCUGCGUCUGUCCUCAGCUGAAGCUUCCACCGACGACAAAAUGUUUCUGGCAAAAAGUCUAAUUGGAGGCCUCAUUAAAGUUGUGAGCAACAUUGACCCUGCUGAUUUCAGGCCUUCAGACCCUCCUCCUCCUCGCAGACCGCUGAAUUUCGCCCAGGCCAAUGAGAGCGAAGAGGAGAAACGCUUUCGGAAUGUUUUCCAGCAGCUGGCCGGAGACGACAUGGAGGUGAGCCCCAAUGAACUGAUGAACAUCUUGAAUAAAGUGGUUUGCAAACAUGGAAACCUGAAGACUGAUGGUUUCAGCAUUGAGUCCUGCAGGAGUAUGGUUGCUGUGAUGGAUUGUGACAGCACAGGAAAACUGGGCUUCGAUGAGUUCAAGUACCUCUGGAACAACAUCAAGAGAUGGCAGGGUGUCUAUAUUAAACACGAUGCCGAUCGCUCUGGUGCAAUCAGCUCUAAUGAGCUGCCUAAUGCCUUCAAGGAUGCAGGAUUCCCGCUGAAUGACGAGCUCUUCAAGCUGAUUAUCCGUCGCUAUAGCGAUGAGAAUGGUGAUAUGGACUUCGACAAUUUCAUUGGCUGCCUGGUGCGACUGGACUGCAUGUGCAGAGCAUUCAAGACUCUGGAUAAGGACAACAGCGGCACCAUUGAUCUGGACAUCAAGGAGUGGCUUCAGCUGACCAUGUAUUCAUGAGGCGAUGGAGGAAAGCCGCCCCGCAGCUUCUUUUCUCACCUCUUACGCUCUGCACCUUCUCCUUCCACUCACUGCACUCGUGAGCUUCUUGCGGCUGUGUCGUCUUUAUCUCUGUUCUAACAGGACCAAAAUCUCAGCUUUGAAGUCGUGGGACAGCUGAUGUUGGUGUUGCACAGAUAGCACAGCAUCUAUUUGAUCUCUGAAAGGAAUUUAUUUCUAUAAGGUUGAAAUGUUUAUGAAAGUGACUCUGAAUGUUUAAAAGAAUAAACAGCUGCCAGUAAA